AUGGGUUCACUGUCAGAUGAUGACUUGGCCGGUCCAUCAACAACGGGGCCGCUAUCAGGUCAACGUCCUGAAGAAGAGGGGGCGCCUCGAUAUACCAUUGCGCCCCGAGCUCUAGCGGCGGUGGAAAUACCUGCCGUUGUGGAAAACAUCGGUCGGACAGUCAAAGCCUUUGGCAGAGUCCCAACCCUGGAACACGCCAUGGAUCCUUUGAGAAAUUCAAUAUCACUAUAUCUGAAUCCGGAAAGCCCUUUCUGUAAACCAAUCAUGUCUCAUAAUGCCAGGUCUCACAAUGUUGUCCUCAAGAUCACCGUGCCCAAAAGGACUGGCCGGAGACGGAAGAAGGGUAGCAAAGGGCCAUGGCAGGGGGACGUGGAACUAUCCGACGCGCCUAAUACCAGAGCCACGGAGCAAGUACAGUCUAUUUCACGACUGGACGAGCCCAAGGUGCUCAGGAGAAAACUCCAGGAUAAUGUGGGAAGGUAUGACGUCGAAGCAGUGGGCGUCAUCAAAAAUACGCAUCGAUUCCGUGCUUUGGCCGACUUUUAUUGGGAUAUGAGUCGGUCAGAUUUUGCUCAGAGAUAUGUGGAGCAAGUUCUUCCAGGAGAUGUUGAAAAGCUCAAGCAAUUCAGAUUCGAGGGAGGGACAGAUCGCCCUCCCAAUGUUGACAUUAUCCCUCCACCCCUCUUCACGCACAUGAGCUUGCCAUUCAACUACUUUUACUCACAGAAUCCAUACGUUCGAACAAACCAUGAUGGCGAGACCAUCAAUUUGACUGCAGUCAAGCACGUAGGGUAUUUUAUUGGAGCAGAGGAUCCAGCUCCAGAAGGACCACAAUUGCCUCCAGACAUGACGGAUCCUAGGAUGAUCGAGGUCAUGGGUCAACUGGAAGAGGCGUUCCAGUUUCGUCCUGUGUGGACUCGUCGCUCUCUACUCGUUCACUUGCGAGGCAAGCUUCAAAGUUGGAAUGAAUUGAAGAAAUAUCUCAACUAUACAGCCUAUCAGUUCAAAGGCGGUCCAUGGAGGGAUAGCGUGGUUCCAUACGGUUUGGAUCCAAGAAAAGAUCCCAAAUACCGCAUUUACCAGACGCUCAUGUUCAAGCUUAAGAGGCAUAGGCGCACGAUCAAGCACGUCCCCUGGCAAUCAGUCCGCAGAACACAAAUUGGCGAAUCCAAGAGUACCCCAAGCUUAAAGGUGGAUAGUCACAUAUUUGACGGAGAAACAUUUCAAACAGACGGCAAGGUUUGGCAAGUAUGCGACAUCACAGAUCCGCUGCUUAAAGAGUUGCUCGACAAUGCGACAAUACGCCCAGAGUGCGACGUAAACAGUGGCUGGUACCACGGCGGGCUCUGGGCAAAAGUCAAAGCGAUCAUGAAGACUAAACUGGUGGCGAUCCAAUUCGGGAAGCGCUUGACAAAGGAAGACUUUGCGCCAACAUUGGAGUUUGGGGAUAUGACCCCAGUCCGAUCCACAUCCACGUCAAAUACUUUGCACUUGCCGCUGCCAAAUUUGGGCCUUACCAAAGAGGAACUUACUUUGCUUCGCGGAAGAGCGCCGGGGAAGAAGAAAAGCACGGGAUACAACGUUCGAUUUCGGGACUCUGGCAAAAGUCAAAGUGUGCCUGCUGAACAGUCUCCUGCACCAUUCGUUGGCAGCAGUGUGGCAGGUACGGAUAGAAUAGAAACCGAUAAUGAUGAAUCUGGAAGCGAGGCAGACGACGACUAUGAGUCGGACAAUGAGGACUACGCUGGUGCUGAAUAUCAAGGCCACGGGGAGGAGUACGGAUAUCACCAUUAUGAUGAUGAUGACGACGAUGAAGGAGAUAUAGAUAUGGGCCAUACCCCAUACCCUGAGCUAGACUAA